UCCUGACCGGAAGAGACAGACCAAGAAAAAUAAAGCUACUACAUGUGAGAAUGACGCGCAGCCUUGAGCACCUGCAAGGAGCUUCAGCUGACGUCAUCGCGGAAGUGCACUGCACGAGUUGUCUUGUUUUUCCUUUUCAGUCGUCGAACGAGUUCUGUUUGUUCACACGUUUGAUCGUCCCGUGGCUCCGGUCCCCCUGCGUGUAUGGCGCUGAAAGCGCGGGGGCUGCCGGGAAAAAUUAUACCCUAAGUCGUGGUGGUGAUGGCGGAGAGGAGCAGCGGGGCCGGAGCGGCUCGCGCGGUGCUGCAGCGGUGUGUGCGGGCCACGCUGCAGGUGAGACCCGCCGAGCACCAGGCUCCGGCCCAGUUCGUCCAGAUCGACAGAGGCAUGGUGAUCUACGUCUGUUUCUUCAAAGGAGCCACAGACGACAUCCUGCCCAAGAUGGUGUCCACGCUGUUGAACCUGCGACUGUGUGAGUCCGACUCGGGAAAGAUGGUGUCGGUGCUGGAGCUCCCCGGCAGCCUGCUGGUCGUCCCGCAGGCCACGCUGGGCGGGAAGGCCAAAGGCAGGGCCAUGCAGUACCACAACAACAUCGGCAAAGAGGACGGACUGCGGCUGUACAGCGCCUUUGUGUCUCUGUGUGAGAAGGAACUGACGGCUGCCACCGCUGCUGCUGGGAAUGUGGCUGAAGUGACUGUGAAACACGGGACGUACGGAAACAGACAAGUGCUGAAACUCGACACCAAUGGACCGUACACACAUCUGAUGGAGUUCUGAGCUGCUGCUGCUGCGAAAGUGGAAACAAACUACGCUUAAUGUCUUUUUUGAAAUUGUCUGUUAAUUAAAGGAUCAUUCUUUA